GUUCCCAAGCCCUGGAAGUUAAAGAAGUUGGCUUUGUCAACUUACGGCGUUGUCAAACAAGAAUAUCAUUGUACUGUUGAUUGUCAUGCAAUGAUGUGAACACCUGCUUGUGCAAUGAAUGGCAUGAAAUUCAAUGCCCUAUUUGUGGACAGUGGUGCUUUGGGUGGACUUGCGGAUGGGAGGGAGGCGCUGGAUGUGUUUGCCAGUGGGAAUCGCGACAUCGAUGAGAAUCAUGGGCAUUCGAAUGGGUCUAGGGUUGGGACCUGGAACGGGAUUGGUCCUUGGAACGGGUCGGCUGUUCCAGGUAUAGAUGAGAAGAGGGGGAACUCGAGUGGUCUCGCUGGCGUUGGGACCGGGAAAGAGGGCGGGACUUGCAACGGCUCGGCUGCUCCGAGUAUUGAUGAGAAUGGGACCUUGAAUGGUCUCCCUGGUGUUGGGAAUGGGAAAGGGGUUUGUGCUGGGAACGGCUUGGCUCCUGGAAGUGGGAAGGGGUGGAAGGGGACUGGAGCUUGGGCCGGGAGCAGGAAUGGCGGGUCGCAUGGGACGACGUCGGGGAAACCCAGGCAGUGUGCAACACAUGGAAACUGUGUCGUCGCUCAUUUGGCCAAGCGAGAUCAGAAUGGCAACUGUGCGACUGUAUGUGGUCAUGGUUGUGGUGACUGUGAGGGUCAUCGCGGUGAUGAUACCUAUGACGAUGUUGAUGGGGAUGAUGACGACGCAAGAUUUUUGCCUUUGGCAAACGAUUACCCAGAUCGAUUGGCGGGUUUGGCGUUGAAAGCCAGCCCAGAACAAGUUUGCUUGUCCCUGCUGACCAGUACGAGAUCCAUCGCUGGUGGCGAUAGUAGUAGUAGUCGUGAUAGUAAUAGCCAUAGCCAUAGCCAUACGAAUAGCCGGUUUAGGAAAAAUAAUGUUAGGGGUCGUGAAGAUGAGCGGCUAGGGGAUUGUAGGACGACGCUUCUGAAGGGUUGUUGCUGUUCUUCUUCUUCAUCAUCAUCAUCAUCAUCAUCUUCGUCGUCGUCUUCUUUGUCUUCUUCUUUGUCUUAUUCGUCUUCGUCAUCGUCGUCGUUGUCGUCUUGGGCUGCCGGCGUGAAUGGUAAUUGCACUUGCAUUGCGAGUGGUGACAGGAUAGGGGGGGACAAUGGGAGCUGCUGCCUGAGGAGGAGGAGGAGGAAGAUUGCAGGAGGCGAUCAACGAAUGAUGAAGGGUGGGAAUGUCUGUGUGGAUGGACGUGGCAGCGGUGGUUGUGGUGAUGGGUUUUGCGGGAUUGCUAGGGGAGAAGAUGCUGGAGGGAGGGGGAAAGAGGAGGCGGCGGAGGAGGAGGAGGGUGUGUCCUGCGUUGCUGCUGAGGUUGCGGGCAGAGAUAGUCGGUCUUGGAAGAGCGGCCUGAUCUGCGAAGCAAGGGGUAAGAAGAGAAAUGCCGGAAGAGAGGAAGAAGACACAGGGGUAAUUACGGCGGCGGCAGUAUCCAAGGACGAACCCGAUAACUUCGCGGCAGAAGGUGAUGACGAUGCUUAUAUGAUGAAAGUGGAAUUAAUAUGCGGGCAGAAUGGGCGGUUGGCGAUGGUGGAAGCGGCGAAGAUGGUUUGCUUGUCUGCUCUGGAGAGGUGUUCCCGUGGGAACGGCGCUCGCAACGUGGCAGGUAAACAGCAAGGGUGGGGACCACCACAAGUUCAACAAUUGGACCGAGAUUGGGAGCAGGAACAGGGUUGGGACCCUGAGGAUCAUCAACUGGACCGCGAGUGGGACCAGGAGGAACAGGGUUGGGACCACCACCAUAAGCCCUGUCAAGCCGACUUUGAACGUUGUCUCGCCGCUGUUGGGGGCUUGACAGUGGAACCCGAGAUGAUUGUGCUGAUUGGCGAUUUGAGUUGCCUUGCGGGCUUCCCGCCCUGGCAAGUGGGCUUAUGUGAAAUCAUACAGUUGAGAUCGAUCAGGGGCAUUCAUCCUGAGUCUUUCCUGAAUGUUCUCCGAAAGUACUCGAGGACAAGCCAGCGAUUUGGGAGAUGACACUCAAGGAUUAAUGCCCUUGAGGGGGGGAUUAUGAUUUAGGGUUUAGGAACUGUAGACAGCAGAUAGGGAGAGAGAAAAGUAGUGAGGAAAGGAAGAGGAGAAGGAGGAGGAAAUGAUGAUGAAGGAACAUGAAACACGGAGGUGGUGUAGGCACAAUUACAGAGCCGAUGGGUGAGGGGAACGAAAGAAAAACAAAACGGAGAAGGGGAAGAGAUCUGGAGAAGGGGGGGGGGGAGGUAUGUAGUGGGGUGUCCAGCCAGGAAGAAAGCUUAUGCAGGGAGGCACAGGGAAUCAGGAGAGGAGAGAGAAAGGGGAGGGCUGGCAGGGGAGACAGGGAGUCAAGAGAGGAGGGAGAAAGAGGAGGCUGGCAGGGAGGCAGUAGGAGAGAGAAAGAGGACGCUAGGAGAGAGUACAGCGGAGAGGAAAAGGCGAAAAUCGGCGGAUCGAAUCCAUCUACGGUCGAGAUUCAUUCACCUGCUAAGGAAGUGUCAAACCUACCGGUAGCUUGUGUGUUCCUUGGCUCCGAGUUGCACUUUCCAUUCGUGCAUGUGCUCGGUUGCGGUACAGACAGUACAGACAGUUGGCUCUGUCGAUGACUGAGUUCCCCCCCCCCCCCCCCCCCACGUCUGCGAUAUCCUUGUCUCAAUUUUUUGGUCGUCCGUGAUAUUAUGUCACAAUCAAAUCAGAUUCCAGUUAACAGUUGAAAAUAAAUGUGCACUUCAAAG